AACAAAGAUAGCUAUUUCAAAUCAUCAAAAUCCAAUAAACCACACGGUAUGAAAUACCGCGUACGAUUAAAAUGUCCCUGCAGCAUUACUCCCAGAGACUCUCGCUUAGUUUCUUUUUACGGGAUCCAUUAUUUUCAGAAUGAAGCUUUACAAUACGAAGCACGGUAGAUCCGAGGCACUCUGUGAUUCCUGUGAAUUGAAAGCAACUUGAGAAAGAGAUGAAACUCGAACGUUCGCUCGUUAAUCCAUUUUUCCGUACAGCUUGAUUUAAAGAAAGGAAAUUGAUCCGCGCCAAGAGUGCGAUUCGAAGAUCAGGAGAGCCAGCUCUCGACGGGAUGAUCUCGCAUGCGGUGGAUUAUUGUCCCGCGGAUUGGUCUUACGAUCUGCGCGAGAUUGCUCCAUUCGAGAGGUCGGAACUUUGCAGCUUUAACAAACAAAAUGUUGAGAGGCUGAGAGAGACUUUCGAUCUUAAUUUCCUGAGAGAGCGUCCGCUUGAGAUUCUGCCAACUCGAUCAAGCCCGACAAUUUUUCGAACGUUUCCCUCGAGGAACCUGAUGGUUCCCUCGGGACGGUCCCGGCUUCUCCUACUGCAUCCUAUGUAUCCGUGGCAUGGCGGCGGCAAAAGAAAAACGACGAGAAUGACCAUGACAGCUGCUUCGCUUCGCGGGAGCCUUAGACAACGAGCCGUGCAGCGACGCAUGGAUCCAAGGACGAUCCGAAAGAGCUCUCUCAAACCCCGUUUCUCUCGCGUUGGUAUAUCAUUGCUGGUAUCCCCAAAAAUAAUUUUCACGAGCGAGCGAACGAGCGAAGACUCAUCUGUCAGGGCGCUGACAAAAUGUUCACCGUGUAUCUACAAAACAAUGUUUUGAGGAUCCAAUCGUCGAAAAUGUGAUUGACAUCGUCGCACCGGCGAUUGCAAAGAUUUUAGAUUUUUCGCGGGAAUAAUUCCAGACGUGUCUUGUAGGUUUUCUUUUUAUAUAUAGAUAUAAUUACUUAAAAAGGGAAGAAAACGAUAAUUUGAAAAAAUUUAUCGCUAUUGUGUUUAACUGCCUCGAGGAAAGGCUUCACCUAGCUUUCAGGUAACAAUUUCGUGUAUUAUUGUUAGUACGAGAAAGAUGUCGUUUAAAAGGAAGAAGGGAUAAUUUAAAGAAACUGCUUAUAUAGAUUUAAUUAUAUCGAGAAAAAGCUCCGCGCGUAGCUUCCAGACAACGGUUCCAUGUACUUGUAUUAGUAAUGGACUACUGCUGAUUGUAUCAAUUUAACUGUCUUUCUCUGAGGAAAGGCUAUUAUUCGGGUAACAAUCUCGUGUAGCUUUGCCAAACGAAUUAGAGAUUUGUAUAAAGCAGCCAUUUUGUUAUUUCUCGAGAUUUUCUUCAGCUUUACCGCGGUUCUCGUUUGCCGAAUCUCCGUUUAAUAUGAAACAAAAUACAUGUUAAAGUACAACGAGCGUUAAAAUAUAAUAUAAUAUAGAUAAAACGACGAAAAAUACGAUAUGUAGAUCACAUCUCUUGACCGCGUAAGCGACAAGAUUCGGAGAGUAGCAGUGUGACUCCGUUUCUCGAAGGUCUCGCAAAAUGACCGCCGCUGAUUUGUGCAAAAACCGUAUUCAGUCGCUCGACAAAGGUAUACGAAACUGUUGCUUUGCGUAUAUUUUAAAUAUGAAUGUAACACAGAGCUAUAAUUUACGACUUUACGAGAAACGCAGGAAGGAAGCGAUCCCGCCUGGCUCGUUCGUAUCACGCAGCUCUUUGCUGUAAUAUAGAGAUAUACAUUUAUUUGCGUUGCGACGUUACAUAAGCAGUUACAUUUAUUUUCGUUUCAAAAUAAGAAUGCUGUGAAUUCACGUAGGCUCUCUUCUGCGGUUCAGUUCGAACGUAUGUUUUCUUACGAUUCGGUGAAACUGACACCACGUGGCCGGAUAAAUGCAAUAAUUUAUUCAUCCUGUGGUAUAUUGACGCGAACCGGCGAGUGCUGUGUAUCACGCAUUAUCACGAUUGGUGCGAAAGGUUCGUCGUUUCUCUCGAGAAAUUCUCGCAUCAGAUAAAGUUGGAAGACCGAAAACUUUUUGACUCGGAGAUUGAACAAAUUCUCUCGAGAUGAAAAAAAGAAAGGCUGGGAUCUUAUUUCGAUUUUGCGAAUGCAUUUUUAAUUUUAUUUGAGAAGCACGAUGAAUCUCCCGCACCAAAUGUAAUAUGCAUCUUUCCCUGCUUCUGUAUAUACGCGUUACAUAUCAUGUAACACGAUCGUAGAUAAGCGCUUUGUAAAUAAUCUUUCGAUUUUUAACGAAGACUUUAAGCGAGACGACAUCUCACUAUCCAUUCCCUUGACUCGAUGCUACUUGUAUUUUGCUUAUUUAUCCGGGCGACCUUUUUGCUCGCGCAUUUUUAAUGUACAAUAUUUUUAUACUGUUGCGAUUAUUGCAGAAAUAUAGAAAGGAGUUAUAAGAAACUAAGCGACAACAACAAAUAAUAAA